AACGUCGCCAUUUGCAUUUAUUCACAAGAAGUGUUUAAAAAACGAACAAUGAACUCGAAUUAAAUAUAACGAACAAACUUAAAAAUCGGAAAAACUCGAUCUAAUUUCUAAAAAAAAGUGGGCCGAACUUUUACUAUUUCUUUAAUCUGAUUUCUGCACUAUUUAUAAAUAAAUACAUUGAAAGCAUCCCAUUUUUUAUGACGUCACGUCAUUCAAACUCGACCAGCUCGAUUUUGGUUUUUGGGUCACGAAAGUUCAUAAUUUUCGCCAGAAAUGUAUAUUUUUGCCCCUUGAGUCUGUUUCCCGGAUAAAAUCUUAUUCUGGGUAGUGACAAUCAAUUAAAAGAAUUGAGUUUUAAAAUAAAUAACAAGUGAAUUGUUCGCAAGUUGGUGUGCGAUGUAUUGAAUUUUGAGAAACUGUUGCCCGAGAAACUUAUGAAAAAUGCAAAGCUGCUCAAUUCGUGGGUGUCAAAGUUACAAAACAAUCCAAACAAAGCCCGUCGCCUAUUUCAAAUUUCCUUUUCACAACGAGAAACUGUUGGAGUCAUGGCUGUCACAGAUAAAUCAGGAUAAUUUCUCGCCAGCCUCUCAAGAUCAAAUAUGCAGCACGCAUUUUUUAAUCGAAGACAUCGAACCUUCUUCGAUUGGAAGAUAUCCGAUUUUAAAACCGGAUGCAACGCCAACCGUCUUCCCCGAACGAAAAAAAGAUCCUGGACCCGCCGUAAAAGCGAUGAAAGAUACCCAGCCCAAAAUUAUAAAAUCAGAAAUAAAGCCAGCAGUGAAAGAGACAAAGGCCAAAAUUAUAAAAUCAGAAAUAAAGCCAGCGGUGAAAAAAUCACCGAGCGCGACAAAAUUUGACGCAAUUUUAGUUCCAGAACCUUCGAAAUCUCCGGAAAUUACAAUUGUGUCGCCACCAGCAAAAAUUCAAACGAAACCGUCGAUAAUUCAAAGGAAACCGGCAAUAAUUCAAAGGAAGCCAGCGGUAAUUCCUCAAAAAGUUGUUCAGCUUCCCAACAAACCUGCAAUUCAAACGACGCAAAUAAUUACAUCGCCGAUUCAGAUUCCAACGCGAGGAAUUCCAAUUCAGCCAAAACCGAUUCAGAUUCAAAAAAUCCAAUUCCAUCCGAACAUUCAACUUCAGGGCAAGCCCCAAUUCAUUCAAUUUCAGGGAAAGCAUUAUCAGAUUCAGCAACAAUCUCCUAUUCAGAUUCAGCAGCAAUCUCCCGUUCAAAUUCAGCAAAAAUCUCCAAUUCAAAUUCAAACUCCUAUUAAAAUCCACCAGACAUCGCCCAUUAUUCAGCAGAAAUCUCCGAUUAUUCAGCAGAAAUCGCCGAUUAGUAUUCAGCAGCAGUCGCCAAUUCUGAUUCCGCAGAAUCCGAUGAUUCAAUUCCAGCAGUCAAUUCAACCAAACGGGAAAUUAAUUCCAUUGAAGCAGAUUAAUGUGGCCGAGCUGCAAGAAAUUUUGGCGAAAUCGAAUAAUGUGCAGAAGGAUGCAAAAGAUGGGGAUGCGAAGAAACUUCCGUCGGUUCUGAAACCGAAUAUUCUAGCGAAGAAGAUUGUCAAUGCAAACACGAGUUUGACGGGUUCGAGUCCUGAUAAUAAGAGACCGAUUUUGCGAAUACAGAUUAACAAGCUCAAUGAUGAGGGAAGUAAAAAGCUGGGAUCGACGAGCAAAGAAAAUGCGACGAAGGUGAUUAGAACGAAACCGGAGGAGGUGCAAAUCAAGGCUUUGAAUAAGUCGGUCAUUUUUAGAUUGGAACCAUCAGGGAAAAUAGUGGUGGAGACUGUCGAGACGAAGGACGGAGUCGAGAAAGUAGUGCAGAAAGUAGAACCAAAAGUUAUUAGUGGACCAGUUCCCAGGCCAGCAGAGAUCAAACAGAAGCCGGUAGAGGUGGAACAGAAGCCGGAAGAGGUGAAACAGAAGCCGGCAGAGGUGAAACAGAAGCCAGUGGAGGUGAAACAGAAGCCGGUGGAGGUGAAACAGAAGCCGGUAGAGGUAAAACAGAAGCCAAAAGAAGUAAAACAGAAGCCAAAAGAGGUGGAACCGAUGCCAAUAGAGGUGGAACCGAUGCCAAUAGAGGUGGAACCGAUGCCAAUAGAGGUGGAACCGAUGCCGGUAGAGGUGGAACCGGCGCCAGUAGAGGUGGAACCAACACCGAUUGAGGUGAAACAGAAGCCGGAAGAAGUGAAACAGCCAGAUCCAAAGUUGAGCAACUUGAAAACUCUCUACAACAAAGCACAAGAAGACUGCGAAAAGCUGAGUAAAAAGCUCGCUUCUCUGAAACAAAGACACCAAGAAGAACAGGAGCAAAUAUUAAAACUCCAGGGACACUUGUCCGGUCUCGACAAAAAGGUCGAGAAAUCCUACGACAGUGACAUUUCCGGUUCGUCAGUAACAAAGAAGAGAAAGAUAGUGACUCAAAAAGAGGAGGAGGAUGAGUACGAAAAACUGUUGAGAGAAGUGAGAAAAAUCAAGGCAGAUUACGAUAAAAAUAUUUUCUCGAAGCCAAUGAAGAAGCAGGUAAAGAGCACCCAAGCCGAGAGGCUUUCUCUGGAAAGAGACGCGCGUGAACUUGAAGAUAUUUUAACGCAAGAUCAAACAAUCAAUACAACAGUGAUAAAGCGAGAGAGGAGUAAGGUGAGAUCGGAUGGCUGGAGAUCUUUUCCGGUUGUUAGUAAAACCUCGCCGCAAAAGAAAAAAAUUGUCGUCCCAGAAAUACAAAUGAGCACUGUGGUUAAGAGGCAGAAACUGCAGGUUCCGGAGAAACAAGCAAUUGUACAAAACUUCGAUAUGAGUCCGUCAAAGAACGACGGCGAAAUUAUCGGCUUGAUUGACGAGGAGAAUGAGGAUGUCAAUUUUUCAGACGAAAUGAAUUUUGAAGCUGAGUAUUUGGAUCCGGAAUUUAUAGAUUGUUAAAUUUCCGUUAUUUUUUUUUUUUGCGAUUUUUUAUAAGAAAGACUGUGGAUGUAAAUAAUCACUGUGUUUUUUGAAAAUUGAAGUGUGUCGCGUUCUCUUUUCGUGUAGAAAACUGAAGCUAAUUUCUAUACAAACAUUAAAAAAUAAUAAUAAUAAUAACUUUAACCUAUUUAUAGUUUCCAAUUGAAAAAAUUGACUUUUCAAAGUACGAGGAUUUGUAGAAAAUUAAGAUUAGUCGAUUGUGCCCAUUCUCUUUUAUUUGCAGUUUCACGAUAUACAUAUUAUAUAUAUAUACAUAUUAAAAUUCAUUCGUCACUUUUA